CCAAUCUUUUAUUAUAAGCCCAACGACCAUAUCGAAUAGAAGCCAACCAAACGGAACCAACUUUGGGGCAAAAGUGCGUUACGGUUCCGCCAAUUAAUAUCGAUGACACAGCAAAUCAGUGUCAAUCAAACUGUGGGAAAACGACACGAAUUUCCACAAAUAUGCGCCGGCAAAUAGAAUCGUCGGACGCUAUAAUGAGCCAUAUCAGCGAACAAACAUUAUCCACGCCGCCAGCCACUGGAAUGGGAAAUGGCCAAAACAAUGAGCAGCAGCAUCAUCAUCAUCAUCAUCAGCAGCACUUGAGUAAAUAGAAAAUCAGUGUUCAGAAUCAAUACAAAAUCAAUAUAAAUAGUGCGGGACGAUAGACAGAAAUUGAUUAUCAACAUUAUUCGCUGUCGCUGUCGCGCAGAGCGAUAAAAAUCCGAGUAGCGGCAACAAAAGCCAAAGCCAUUGGGGCAUUGAAAGCCAAACAAAGCCGGAGUUCCCCAGCGAGAAUGGGUGGCAAGCACCAGGGAUCCGGGGCAGGAGGAGGAGUCUCCUCCGCGGCGGGAGGCGGAGGCAGCCUCAACUCCAGCCUGUGCAACUCGGUGAUGAAGGCCACCACGGCCAGCAGCAGUCUCACCCAGCAGCAGCAGCAACUGCAGGCCAAGUACAUCAAGUCGAAGCGCCACCAAAGCCGCUACACCAGCCUCCAGCAUUCCGGCCACGAUUCCGGCAGCUAUCUGCACCUCAACUCGCUCUGGUCCAUCUGGUAUGGAGUGCUGCUCACCCUGUUCCAGGGUUACUUGGCCAUGCACGGGGCCUACAGGUUCCUGGGCUGCUCCCUGAUACCCUGGAAAAUCGAGCCCGUGGCCGAGCUGAAUCUGCAGAUUGUGCUCUCUGGCGUGGUGUUCAUCCUGCUGCCGGUCUUUUUCACUUCGGCGGUGUUCAAGGUUGGCAACUUGGCAAACGACGGCAUUAAAUUGGCCACCGGUGCCAGGGAAAGGCGCUGCACCCUUUCGCCGCACGAUGGCCUGGAGGAGGAGUCGCGGGGCGGAACCCUGCGAGCCCUCUGGACCCACGGCGGACCCACGGCGGCCUUCGUCCACAUCCUGAUUGCCCUCUGCCUGCUGCUGCCGCGUCUGCUGCUCGAGGCUCGCAUCAUCGAGAACGGAUUGCUGCCAAAAGAGCAAAUUUGGGCCACUGAAUUGGACUUUGUUGUGAUCAAUCGACGCAAUUUGAUGGCCAUGUCGGUGGUGGGGGCCACACCCUUCCCCAGGCACCACCAGAAUCAGCAGCAGCACCACCACCAGGAGCACAGUCGUCUCAACCUCACCGCAAACAGUUUGGAACAGGACGAAGAGGACUACUUCAACGAUACCAUGUUCACGGCCAUCCGAGGAGUGCCGGCCGGGGGCAAUAACAAUUUGUUCGACCUGCGACCCGAUAAGGCCAAUGGCAGAAAGGCGGCCAAGACGACGGCAACAACGAAGACGAGGUCGAGGACAGCAAGCACUACCACUACCAUUUCACAACUGGAUGCGGGCAAGGGCCAAUACUUUGAAGUGCCCGAUUUAAUUAAUCAAGAUAUUGACGAAGAGGAGCGUCAGGAACUCGAGGAGGCAAUGCGGGGGGAGGAUGCCGAUGGAGAUGGUGAUGAGGAGGGAACCGUCAUCAUGCCGGAUUUCGAUGAGUUGCCGCCAAGAACCGCAGUUGGCACGACAACCACAGCCUCCUCUGCCGAAGCUGGCAAGUUGAAUGUGGAAAAUUGGCAAAAGCUGGGAACUCUGGGCAAAGAGACCACAACAAGCAGCUCUAGUACAACACCCUCUACAACCACCACAACCAGGACGACAUCAACAACAACCACAGCUGCCACAACCACUGAGAGUACCAGCAGCACCACCAUAAAACCUGUUGAUAUAAUAAACCAGCAGACACCACAUCACCAUCAUGGAAAACCACAACACCACAAACAUCACAACAAACAGAAGCAGCAACCCAGACGCCAUCACGUGGCCUCCCAUGAGCAGGCGAUCCUCGAGAGCUUUUCGCCGGAGGAGGAGACCACCACCAGGGAUAGCAGUAUCCAUAGAGUGCGACCCGAGUCCUCCAGAGUGCCCAUUCCCUCCACGCCCGUUUCCGCCUCCACCAAGAUCAUUGCCAUUAAACCCAAGAACCAGAAGCGAAGGAUUUCCAAAAGGGCAGCUGGUGUGGAAAUCGAACCGGAAUACUUGCUCAACGAUGCCAAUAUAAAUUCCAGUGAAUUUGUGGCCAAAUCCAAUGAGGAAGAACCGGAGGAUGAGGAUUUCGAGCUGGAGGAUGGUGAUUUUCAGUCAGUGCCCGCCUUGACUCCAGCACCUCCAGGUCCCGCAGCCAGUGGUCCAAAAGCUGGGCAGGAUUACGUCCGAUUGGAUGGCUUUGCCGGAAUGCUGCAACUCUUCUUCGGCAUCGAUAAGCCCAUCGAUGUGGCCAUUUUCUCCCAGCCACCCAGUGCCGAGUUUGUGAAUCUACUGUGUGCCCUAUUGGUCUGGUCAGUUCGCUACCCGGCUGUCUUUUGGAACACCUCCAAGGCUUUUGCCUGUGUCUUCAGCCUCCAGAUGGUUGGCUGCUUGGACAUUAUCCUGGGAUAUGUGGGUGUCUCCAAUCUGUACAAGCUGCAGAUCUACGCCGAGGCCAUGCCAGUCCAUCAGCCGGGGCUCAUCCUGAAUGCUGUGGUCACCCUGGCCCUGUACCUUCUGGCCACCGCCUUGGUGGUUGCCUCUUCAAUGGUCAUGUACUUGUAUGGACAUGGUCGACUGGCCACUCGGAUGAGGGACCGCUCCAUUAUCACCCUGAAGAGCCACCAGACCUGGAUCUACUUCGCCCACUGCGCCUCCUUGUGCUUCGUUUUGGCCCUGGCGGUGGUGAAGGCCCCGCUCCUCAACGAUCUCAGUGCCACCUACAAGAACAACCUGCACUGCCCUACCUUCCUGGCGGCUCUUGUUGGAGUGACGCACCUGCUGCUGUGGAUUGUCAUCUGGCUGUGCUUGACCAUCAAGCGUCGCUGGCACUUUAAGCUGCCGCCAUUGGACAGCACUUAUGGCGGAUUGCUGGGUAAGGCCAGUGCCCAGCCGCUCCUGAUGUCCAGCGGUCAAAGGACGGGGAGCAACUCGAGCAGCAGCGGCUGCAACUCCACCAGCACCACGGUGAAUGGGGGCGACUCCAAGCCGGACAUGAUGAGCACGGCCACCAGCACGGAACUGGGCAUGGGCAUGGGAAUGGGAAUGGGUGGGGGCAUGGGCAUGGGCAUCAAUGGCGGCAUGGGCGGAACGGGCAUGGGCCUGGCCGCCCAGGAGGACAUCUAUUGGCCCAAACUGACGCCCAGCUCGCCCAAGCUGAAGGUCACCUUCAACGAAGUUACGAGUACGUCUGAUGAUGUCCUACUAAUUGGUGACCAAGAACAAACUGAUGGCAAGCGCCAUACGAGCCGUGGAGCCUCGAUAUGUUUUGCCAGUGCUGCGGGGGAAGCUGACGACGGCGAGUACGCGACACUAAGGGCGGCCACCGCCGGAGCCGUCGUGGGCAUCACCAUGGGCAGCAUGAAGAGGGGCGUCAGCAACACCUCGAUGGGGGUCAGCCUGCUCCACCUCUCCGAGUACGAUGAACUUCCUCCGCCGCCGCCGCUGGCCAACAACCAUCAUCAUCAGCAGCAGCAGCGGCAGGCCCAGUCCUUUGCCCGACAUCCCCACGACUAUGCCAACCUCAGCGGAUUGGGUGGCAUCAGCGACGACAACAUCUCCGAGGAGGGCAAGCUGUUGGCCUGUGUGCGCGACGACAGCAUCACCUACGCCUCCAGGGAUCUGGAGCCGCCCCAGCCGUCGGCACAGGCCCAGGCUCCUCCACCCCCUCCGCCGCUGCCCAUGAAGGGGGCCCCCGUGCCACAGCCACCAGCGGUACUGCCCCAUUCCACCGGCAUCUACGGACGGGCCCCUCAAGCCAUGCCCGAGAUGAUGCAGUUGUCGCCUGAGCGCCAUCACAAUCCGCUUCAGCAUUCUCUGCAGCAUCCACAGCAGCAUCCUCUCCAGCAGAAGCAGCAGCAACAGCCGCCACCACCGCAUCCUCUCCAGCAACAGAGCAAUCCGCACCAGCAUCUAGUCAGCCCCUUGGCUCCGGUCACGGUCGCAGUUCACACCAACGAAGCGCAUAUCGCCUCCAGUUCCACACCCCGCUGUCUGCGCCGCGCCGAUUCGGGGGUUCCCAACGAGGCGUUGACGCCCCGCGACACCACCUCCACCACCGAGAGUACCAACACCACGUCGCCGCCGGAGCGCGCCCCCUCCGAGUCCUCCAGCGGCGUCCAUUCGGGUGAGGAGCGUGAGCUGGAGGUCAUCAUAAGGCCGCGGGCCAACAGCAAGCCACCGCCGCCCCCACAGCCGCCCAUCCAGGAGGAGCCCUACGGUCGUUGCACCAACAUGCGCAUGUCCAGCUUAAUGCGGAUCCCUCGGCCAUCUCCUCCUCCUCGCUCCUCCUCUUCGACGGUGGUCAUCAACAGUGCCACGCUGCCGCUGCAGCCGGUGCCGGAGCAGAAGUUCGACUAUACGGCUCACUGCAGCACGAUGCCACUGCCGGUGGGCUGCCACAGCCAGCAGCUCGCCGGGAGCGGUGGUGUAGCCUCCACCUCGGCCAUGACCAGUUCCAUGGGUCCACCAUCGCAGGUCUCCAGCUUCAUGACGCCCAAUAACAACAUCAGCAGCAGCAGCAGCAUGCACUAUGCCAAUGCCUCGGUGGCCCUGGGAAAUGGCCAACAGACGCCGCACACCACGCUGCCCAAUGGAGUGCGCUACUCUAAUCCGCACUUCCUGCGCCGGCUGCCGCACGUGACCAAGGCCGCGGAGUCGCCCUACGGACACCUGGGCUACGGGCGGGCACCAUGCCUUCGCCAAGCUGCACACGAGACGCAUCCCACCAUUCCAGAGGAUCGCGACUCGGCCAACUACUCGAUGGCCUCCGACCAGGAUUGCGGUCUAUAUGUGACGGCCCAGCUGCACUAGGAGGCGAGGGAUCCUCUACUAUGCUAUGAACUUAGAAUUGUUGCAAAACGCCUUGCAAUCCAUGUAAAACCCUUAAAAACGUUAUAACCUAAGUUGAAUUCUGAUUGCUUAUGCAGUGGUCAUAG